AUUCCUAGGAUUACCCAGCGUACCCCGCGGGUAAAGAUGGCGAUAGAUGAAGAGGGUAGGAUAUCAACUUUGGCCGGGAACAACCAUAGCUGAAUUUCGGUUUUAUAGAGAAUAAACCGUUAGUUAUCGGUUGUGUAAUUGCUUAAUGGUUAGGCACUUAUAUCAUUGUCAUUCGUGAGUCUACGCAACGUGAUCGAAUAAUUACAGCGCAUGAGCUUCCUUCCUUGCAACCAAACUGCAGACAGCGUCCGUCCUAAGAAGAGCGGAUAAAGUUUAUUACGGAUCUGACUCAGCCCUCUGACACUGAUUUAAAAAUUAUUUUUUUAAAUUAUUUGGGGUAACUAUAACGGCAGACAUUAAACAGGUUAUCAGUAGCCCAUAGGUUCACAUGCCAAGAAGGCGAGGAGGAGGACAAGGAGGAGGAGGGGCAGGAAGAGGAGCCAGAGGGGACACACCCAGGGCGAUCAGUCUGGAACACGUAGCAUAUGCUCCUAAAGAAUGCCUGUGACUUAAGAACCUGUGGAUGAGGACAUCGCUGGAAUACCUCAGAAUUUGGGAAUAACCGACCGGACAGACGCUGAGCACCAAGGAUGACGAGCGCUACCCCGGCCAGGAAGCCGUACCGCAAGGCUCCGCCUCAGCACCGCGAGUCGCGCAACAGCUUGCCCUCGUUCCUAGAGGACCUUAGUGGGAGCACGCCGUCUGCGCCUGCCAACACCGCUGGCCCCAACCCUCCUGACCCCUGCCAGGACUCCUUAUCAGAUGCAGACAGGAUCAAGAUCCUGCAGCAGCAGAAUGAAGACCUCCGCCGGCGGCUCUCCCACACCACCCACAAGAUGGAGGCCAUGGAGACGGAGUUUGAGACCAGCCGCCACUACAUGCAGGGGGAGAUGGGUCGCACGCGCGACGACCUGGAGAAGAUGAGAGACAAGUUCCGCAGACUGCAGAACAGCUACACCGCCUCCCAGAGGGCCAACCAGGACCUGGAGGAGAAGCUUCAUUCCCUGCUCCGUAAGGUGGAGAGGGACAAGAAGACCAUGGACCAGGAGAUAGUGGAGCUCACCAACAAACUCCUGGACGCCAAGAACACCAUUGACAAGCUGGAGGAGUUGAACGAGCGCUAUCGGCAAGAUUGCAAUUUGGCCGUGCAGCUUUUGAAGUGCAAUAAGUCCCAUUUCAGAAACCACAAGUUUGCAGAUCUGCCCUAUGAGCUGCAGGACAUGGUGAACAAGCACAUGAAGGCCAGUCUGCCGGAUAAGAGUCCCCAGGGGGCCCAGGGCCAGGACUCCGACACCAUGAGCCUGACGCCUGCCGACGUGGUGCCCACAUCCGUCAUUGCCCGUGUACUGGAGAAGCCUGAGCCGCUGGUGCUCAACUCUGCCCAGUCCAGCAGCAGUGCAGGCCGACCCCAGGCAGAGGACGUGUUUGUGCAUGUGGACAUGACGGGGCCCCAGGCCGAGGCAGGAAGAGGGGGUCGAGAGAAUGGGGGUCCCCGCCACAGCAGCAGAGUCCCACCCCAAAGCAGCCAGGCACAAGAGCUCCUCCAGCAGAACGGUAUGUGUCGGAGCCAGAGCAGCCUGUCAGCAGAUGGCCAGCCAGGAGAGGAGGGUGGUGGGGCCUUUGAGAAGCUCAACCCCUACCCAGCCCCCCCUCCGCCCCAUCCCCUCUACCCCGGCCGCAAGGUGAUCGAGUUCUCCUCGGACGACAAGGUGAAGAUCCCCAAGAACAGCCCCCUGCCCAACUGCACCUACGCAACGCGCCAGGCCAUCUCCCUCAGCCUGGUGCAAAACGACGAGGAGAACGAGCGCCAGCGCACUGUGCCCAACAGCCCCGCUGUGUCGGACGGGGGCUGGCGCUCUGGGGCUUCCUCUUCCUCAGGGGGAAGGGGGCAGCGUGACCCCUGCCGUACACCUACUCAGCUGGACACAGCAGACCCCAUUUCCAGUCAGUCCAGCCCCUUCAAGCCCCCACAGCCCCCCAGCACCUUCGCCAGCUCAGGCAGCUCUGAGGAGGACCUGCUGGCCAACUGGCAGCGCAUGUUUGUGGAGAAGAUGGCACCAUCCUCUGAGGGCACCCUGGUCAACCGCACUUCCUUCAGCAGCGAGACGGUCAAGGACCUGGAGAGGACCCGGACCAGCAAGCCAGGGGGCGGGGAAUCCCACAGGGGGGCACUACGGGGAGCCUACUCUGACGGGGAGGAGGGGUCCUCCACUCGCAGCUGGACUGCUAGCCGAGAGUCCAGCCUGGACACUGACACCAGCAGCAUGGCUGACCUCCGCAACAGGAGGGGGCAUUACGGAGCAGACUUCUCCACAGAGGAGAGCGAGCAGCUGCUGAUGGCCCUGGACAACCAAGACGACGCCAGUGGCGACACCGUGUCAACAACCAUCACUGUGGAGACCAGCCUGGCGGAGGCCAAGAUGAAUGAGUUUGUGGAGGAGACGGGGUCUGUAGGCAGCUCUGCAGAGGAGAGAGACAUCCUGCCCCAGGACUUCCCUGUCAUAGUACCCAGGGUCCUGGCAGGGCUCGAGGACUACACAGAGAACGCCCCUCCCCUCCCCGGCAACUCCUCCACUUCCACCCCCGGCCGACCCCUGAAGAGCCCAAAGAGGAUGGGAGUCCACCACUUGCACCGCAAAGACAGCCUGACCCGGGCACAGGAGCAUGGUAACCUGCUGGACUGAGACUAGGGGACUUUUUCCUCUCACUUCAUAUGUCGUCUGACAGACUAAGUCUUCUCUGCUCUGUGGACGCUUUAUCUUACCAGCAAGGAAGGAUGAUUCGAGUCGACCAACAUGCCUACGUGUUGGUCCUACCUUUGUCCGUGCUGCUGUCUCUCAUGAGUUUAGUCAGGAAAUAUGCACAUUCUCUAAUAACCACAUUCAAGAGCUGAUUUUUUUUGGAGAUAUGUGCAAUGCCUGCCUGCCAGUUGAACGGCAAAGUUCAUGGUGUUCCUUCUCUUGCCACUGUGAGCUGCAAACCCCUCCAGUAGCAGAACAAAGGGUCCUACAGAGGGUUAGUUUUUUCUGUCUCUCAAACACUCCAAACUGUUGCCGGAGGAGAAGGGCGACUCCAGGAUAUAGCCAUACCGUGUCAUUUCCUGUGUGUAAACAUCCAGCCAGUGUGUUUUCAUGGAACAGCCCAGAUGGAGCUACGAUUCAGCUCAUAAUUUGAGAUGAUCGUUGAUAUGCAGGACUUGAAAACAGACAAUAUGGAUGGAGUCGUUGCCUUCUCCCUCCUUUGUUCUCUUUUGCCCUGAAUUUUUGUUUCCUCCCCCCCCCCUAAAGAAAUGUUAUGUCAUGCAGGCAUCUGAUAACAUGUGAACUUUUCCUCCAUCGAUGAAUGGGGGAGAGGAUGAGCACUUGCAAGUACAUGCUGUUGUCUGGGGUGGAUGGUGGACCGGACACCCACACAGACUCUGUGCCUAUCCCUCUCUGUCUGAGGGGGUUUGUAAUCCCCCAAUGCCUAGAGAUGAUCUGUUCUGAUCCCCCUCUGAAGCUCCUGCAGUGUGCACAGGUCUGUUGAGCACCCCUAUCUUAAGGGCUCUCUUCUCUGAAAUUGGUCCACCACACAACAACUAGGAAGGUCACCCUUGAUUCCAGAAAUUCUAGGUCUCACUCCAAAAUGUAUUUUCUAGAAAACUGUAUUUUUGUUUUCAUAGAUUUUUUUUGGGGGGGGGGGAUUUUAUUUUGUCUUUCUAUUAUCCUAAGUGUUCACUUUUAUUAUUUCUUCAAUCACUUCUUCAUUCAAAUAAUUUACAUUUCGGCCUUUUUAUUUUUGUGACCAUUUUAUGCCACAGGUGUUAACUUAACUAUUUAUAGAGAUAUGACAAUGAUAAUCUAGAACAGUCAAUGUAUUUGUGUUCUCUGAGCUAUAGUAACCUACUAGUUGUGUAACGGUACACGUAUUUGUACUGAACCGGUUGGUACGGGGACCUGGGUUCGAUCCGCACUGUGUACCCAAAUGAAUACAUACAUUAAAAAAAAGAUAUAUAUAUAUAUAUAUCUCAAAAUUGCAAUCAAAAUUCUUAUCUUAAUUUGUGCAUUUCAAACCGUUCUUUUGUGAGGCGCAGCCGGGAAGUAGUUCUGUAUGGCGAGUGGUGUGGUCGAUAAACCAGGAGGGUUCUCCAUCGUUUAAAUCUCCAGUUUUGGAAAAUGUUUGCUUCCUAGUAGAUUACAACAGCGAUGGACAGGGAGAGUAUGUCGCCACUGCUCAACGAGAAGAGCCUAUGCAGCUGCCAACAUCUCAAACAUGUUGAUACAUUCAUGCCAACAUCACCCCAGUGUUCCUACCACCGGAGCAAGACGGAAACGCCCCAAAAAAUAACAACUUCGUCUCCCCUCUACAUUCAAGAAACCCUUCACAGCUGAUUCUGACCGGCCAAAGAAACUACAAGAGCGAUAGGCAUGUUUAUAGCCGAGGAUAUGCGCCCAUUUUCGGGUGGUUGAGAAAAUUAAGGGGUUUCAGCACCUCGUGAAAGUGCUCGAGCAACGUUACGAUCUUCGUAACCCAUUUCAGCAAACAGGUAGUUAGUACCCGCUCUAUAUAAGCAAGCUAAAACCGAAGUUGUCAAUGAUUUGGCCAAUCCACCCUGUGUUGCGCUUACUACAGAUUGAUGGACCUCCAGGGCUACAGAGCACUACUUAUUAAGUGACAGCCCAUCACAUUACCCCCCGAGUGGCAAAUGACAAGUACCGUGCUACAGACAGGCCCCCUUUAUGAGAGUCACAGAAGUGUUCAUAUUUUUCUCUUUGUAAGAAAACCUUAUAGCAUAGGCCUGUCUAUGUCUGAGCCAUGUUUACAUGUUGAUUUCACACGCAUAUUGCACUUUAUUUUAGUGUUGAUGAGUAAUCGUGUGUUUUCAUUUAAGAAAAUACAGAAGUGUUAUUCCUGAUUGUGCUCUCAUCAGGUAUUAUGACUCAUGAUCAUAUAUGGAAUCAGGAAUACCAAAACUUUGUGUCUUCUUAAAUAAGCAACAAUUGAUUUCAUUUCCCCUCUGUAAAACCGAACCGUGACCCCAAAACGGCAAUACGUACCAAACCUUGGGUUUGGUGAACCGUUACACCCCUAUAACCUGAAGCUCUGUGUUCAGAGUGCAACUUAUGUCAUUGUUGUGUGUAAAUAUUAUUUCCAUAACUAGAUAUGGAGAUAUAACAUUUGCUCUAUAAUUGAAGAUCAUUUCACUUUUGUUCUGUCAUUGGAUUUUUGUCAUCACUGUAUUUUCAUUUCAAGAAACAAACAGGCCGGUAGUACUAUUGGUAACUCUACUGUACAUGGGGUAUUACAAAGGAAGACCCAUAUGGCAUGAAAAAUGGUGUCAGCAUUUUUUCGGAAGAACCAAGACAUCCAUCUCCAGGCAUUUUUGUUGACGUGUUUUUCAAGUAUUCAUUGGGCUCUGGGUGAAAGUAAUUCUCCUUGAAGAUGCCUUCAAUUCUCUUUGUGUACCACUUCUGUUGGUAACGUAUUUGUAUCUCAUACAGCUACAGUACGUGUCCAGAACAUCUAAGUGACAAGGAAUAAUCGAAGGCGAAAGGUCUGUAUGGUGUGACAGCUGGUUGAUGAUGAGUUUUGGGGUAAUUCUACCGUUGACAAUAUCCUAACCAGGAAAGUAUUUUGAUUGGUGUAUUACUCAGUCUCCAUUGUGGGGGUUCACAGAGGAUGUCAUACUUGUAACUGGAUUUGAUAAAUGGCAUGAAGUAUGUAACGUUUAUUUUCACUGUAGUUACUUUUUCAUCCACAUGCUUUUAUAGGGAUCGGGAAUAUUUAUUCAUUCAUCAAGAGAUUAUUAUUUUUGUGAUUUUUAUGGAUUGACCUUGUGUGUACUUUUUUCUUGUGUUUUUGAUUUUUGAUUUGUUCCAUUAUAUUCGAUUGACUUAGCGUUCUGCAUUCAGCCAUGUUGAAUUUGUGUUCAUUUUAAUUCCAUUUGUUCAGCAUCAGACACUCAACUAUGUAGCUUUAGUACAUAAGGAUGAUUUACUGACGGAAAAAAUACGUUUUAUAUUUGUUGGCCUUUCUAACAGCUCUUUGAUUGUGUGGUUAUGAAGUCUAUGAUACAGUCCUGCUGUUUUAUUGAUCCUAGAUUGACCGCUCACAGUGGGAGCUCUGCAGUUGCAUUCGUUAUAAGGCAGUAAUCCAGGAUACAUUUGCAUGCCUGGUGCAGUGUUCUCAACCCUCAGACAUGCUUUUGUGUCCACGUGGUGUCAGUCAGACUCUAAUCCGUCUGGUAUUAUAUGUUCAUGCCACCGUCUAUGGGCUGAUGACGGUGUAAUAUCAUUUCAAGUCCAUUGGCAGGCAGUGCAUGCUGGAACACAGAAACCACCUGAAAAAAAAGAUUCCUCCUUGAUGUCUCUUGAACCUGCCCUCUCCCUGUACCUGUAGAUGUGGGUUUCAGUCCCCCCUAAAAUCUCUGUUCUUAGACCAAGAAGUACAAGACAUAUCAUGGAAAUGGAAACAUUGUUCUGUUUAGUACUGUGCCGCUGCCAGUACUGGGGUCAUAUUUGAGAGCUGUAUUCCCUCCUGAGUGAGAUGAGUCCCCAUAUCCCAGUAUAAAAGGCUCUCCACAUACUGUAUCCAAUAUGUUGGAAGCUUUCUGUUGCACUCCUGAAACCUGAAUAAUUCAACUCCAUUUUGUUGUGUGACGUGGGACUGAGGGCUCACAAAUCCACACAGUUCACGUCACUCCACCCAUUUAUAGCCUUAAACUUUUUUACAUUUUUUUUAAUUUUAGCUAUUUUAUUUUUGCUUACAGUCUGCUUAUUGGUCUUUCCAUUAUGUCUAGAUGUGCUGUUAAUAGCCCGUCAUUAAUAGUUGUAACAACCCUUGGCUAAAUUAUUCAUGUUUUAUUACACUCAGAAAUAGGUCUCUAAUACUUCAAAAAGAGAAAGGAGGAAUGGUAGUCUGUCAUGGUCUUGAAACUGGAAAUGUACAUUUUUAAUAUUUAAUGGGCUCAUCAGAUGUGCUGUAGACAAGGUUUUGUGCAAAUACAAAAAUCGAAAUGGGGGGAGGAUAAAAUGUGCGGGGCUCUAAUGUACCCAGCAUUAUAAAUAGGCCUUUACAUCUGGUCUCCUGCAACUUUAAUGAAUCCUCUUUCAAGAAUAUAAUUGAACACAUCUCUGUCCGACACAUCGCUUCUUUGAUCCAAGGUCACCUUCCCCAGGAUGCUCCACUCAUGUGGCUCUUUUUCAAAUUUAGUCUGAAAUGUUGAAAAAUGUCAGCUUCGUCGCUCCUCUUUUUAUCUGAUGCGGUGGAAUAAUCCCUCUGUGACGGUGACCGUUAACAGGUAGUUCACAGUUCUUUUUAAGGUGUAGGUUUUAGUCGGAGCAUGACUUAAACAGCCAGUCAGUUGUUCAUAGGAGCCUUGUCUCCAAUACAAUAUUUACACAGUGCCAAGGGUUUAUUGGAUAUAUUGAUAUUUGACUAACUGGAGCGUAAAGUAUUACAUUAUGCAAUUAGAAAACCCCGGCUCUACAUAUGAAUACAGAAGCAGGUUUUAUAGUGUAAUCCUACAUUCUGAGCUUGGAGUUGCAUUUGUGCUCUCUCUCAGCAUUCAUUUCUGCCAGGUGACAAAGCCAGUCCCUGCCCAAGGGCGGUGUUAUUGCAAUGAGAUGGUUCAUGAAUACUAAUAAAGAUGCUGUCUUGUCACAUCAAUGUAUGCAUCCAUUGCUGUUUAUUAUUCACCAUGUCUCCUUUUAUGGAGUUCAGUUGUCAAAUGAUCCCUUUGACAUGAAUGAAAUACAUGUUAAAUACUCUCAGAUACACAUGCCUAAUUCAGGACUUUUAUUUGGCUGCAGGUGCCAUUUAAAAUAUAUGGUGUGCUUAUUGGGGAUUAAUACUGUUAUGCCUAUAAUAUGAUUCUAGGGUACACACUGCAGUCUGGUACCUGAUGUUUUCCAUUACGAGGAAACUGUUGGUCCCAACCCCUGUCUACCAGUUAAGAGUGGCAAUCACAUUUAUUUUCUCAUACUAAGAAAAGUGUGCUUCGUUGAGUUCUUUGGUUGCAUAUUAUCGCACUCCUGAUGCGGUGUCUGUUCAUUCAUAGCUUUGUAGAUUUCCUUUGAUUUUGUAUGUAAGUGUAUGUUUCCAUGGUUAUGUAUCAUGUGAAUUUUAUUUUUUUUCUCAAAAAAAUUACUUGGACAGAAUUAUACACAAGACUGUUAAAACUGAACUCAUUUUUUCUGAAUUUAACUGAUGUAUAUUUUAAAACAAAUUAAAUAUUUUAAACUUAA